ACUUCCUCUCUCUGCUUGUCUGGGUCAUCUUGUCUGCCCGCCGCUGGCCCUCUCUCUCUCUCUCUCUUUCUCUGGCCCAUCUCUCUCUCACUGUCUCUCAGCAGCUGUCUCACGCGCCGGCUAGCCUGUCUCUUCUUCCCGUAGUCGUCUCUUUCUCCGCCUGCCUGGGUGGCCGCCAUGGGCCGGAAGCGGCUCAUCACCGACUCCUACCCUGUUGUGAAGAAGAGGGAGGGGCUCGCUGGGCACAACAAGGGGGAGCUGGCACCAGAGCUAGGGGAGGAGCCCCAACCCCCCAGCGAGGAGGAAGUGGCGCUGGAACUGCUGAGGCAGUUUGACCUGGCCUGGCGGUAUGGUCCUUGCACAGGGAUAACACGGAUGCAGCGCUGGCAUCGGGCAGAGCAGAUGGGCUUGGAGCCCCCCCCCGAGGUGCACCAGGUGCUGAAGACCCAUCUUGGAGACCCCCGCUUCCAGUUGAGCCUCUGGCACCUCUAUCCCCUUUGAGGCCCCACCUAGGCUGUCCUGCCCUUGGCACUCCUGCUACUCUCCAAGAACCUGAGGAUGAACUUCAGAGCCGGUUGCUGCUGCUCAGCUCAGCUCUGCUCUGGAGACACAUUUGGCAGACAGAAUCUGCAGGUCUCCAAGACCCAGUCCGUCUGUCUCACCAGCAGGCUUCAAUUGAGCAUCUUCUAGAUGGAGAGUGGUCCCUCGAAUAAGGACCUGGCCUUGACCCUGUUGAUGCCUGACACACCCCCUCUCUGACCUGUGAUGUGGUAAAUUGGACACAGUCUGACACAGAGCCAGACACAGGCAGCUGACUUAAGAGUCAAAGAUGCACUCGCCACCUCAGUUUGGGCAUCUGAGGGCAGGACUGGCUGAGUUCACAGGACAAGGGUUCACUAAUGCUUACAAUAAAGAACAUUAAGCCUGGAAUCCUGACCUUUGGUCCCUUAAUGUGGCCCUGGUUUGGCUUCCAGGCCACAGCAAGUUGGUGCAGGACAGCCUGCACCACCCCUUUUCCUGCCUUUAGACAGUCUUGGGAACAGCUGGACAGCCUCUGGUGCCCCCUGGUGGUACAUAGGAAAAAACCACGCUGUAGUCACCUUUCCUGACCAGCUAGGGAAAACCUACCUGAUAGGUUUGGUCACCAACCUAGCCUGCCCAGCGUUGGCCACCUCUCAAACAUAGGUGCUUUGCCAGAGGAGAAUCCAUGAGGCCAUGGAUCAUAAGGUCAAAAGAGGCCUACAUAUGUCCAGAAAGCAUCUCUACUUCCCACAUCAAGGGUUACCUGGAUCCAAAGCAAGCAGGGCUGGGGAGAGUCAACUUGGAGGACCUGCUCAGAUGCAGCCACAUUCUGAAGGGCUUUGGGAGGGAACUGAGUGGAGUCGGGAGCAAUGCCUAGGGACCUCUGGGUCAGGGCACAGCAUUUUGAAGAAUGGAAUUCAUAAGUCCUUCUAUGGCAUUAUCU